AUGUCGACAACAACGCAGACCAUCGAGUUGCAAACCAAUGCCAAAGCAUACCGCGCAGGCGAUCCACGGACAGCCACGAUGGAGUCUACGGACCACAUCAAUCGACCGUCAUCUGCAGAUGACGAAGUCCACUCGCAUCUGCAACCAAACUACACCACUGCGAUUCCGGAUGGAGGUUAUGGCUGGACGGUGAUUGCCUCGUGCAGCAUCAUGACAUUCUGGUACAAUGGUCUUUCCGGCUCAUGGGGCGUAAUCCAGACAGCCCUCCUCUCAACUUCGCUGACCAACACGCCCACCGCCACGAUCACGUUCGUCGGCAGUCUAUAUCUCUGCCUCAGCGUCGCACUUGGGAUCUUCGGAGUACGUCUUAUCAGCUAUCUAGGCGCACGGUGGACUUCAACGCUUGGUGUAGCGCUGUUGGGUGUUGGCGAAGUCGGUGCAUCAUUCAGUACAGGCUCGAUUGGAGGGCUGUUCUCGACCUGCUCACUCGUGGUCGGUGCAGGAUGUUGUCUGAUCUACACGAUCUCGAAUUCUGUGCCGCCGCAAUAUUUCUCGAGACGCCUAGGAUUGGCGAAUGGGCUGGUCAAAGGUGGAGGCGGGAUUGGCGCGACGGUGCUGAGCAUCGGGCUGCAGGCUCUCAUUGACCGGGUGGGCACGAGCUGGAUGUUCCGCGUCCUUGGCCUGGCUACGUUGCUGACGGGCUUGCCUGCCGCCUGGCUUGUAAAGGAGAGGCAGCCAUUUUCGAAGCGCAAGCUGAUCGAUCUGUCACUCUUCGGAUCAGUGCCGUUCAGCGCACUGUUCGUGAGCUCUGCGCUUGGCACGUUCGCGCUGUUCAUACCACCUUUCUUUCUGCCGCUGUUCGCGCAGUCGGCCGGGAGAUCGGCCCAGACAGGCGCAGCUUUGGUGGCGGGAUUCAAUGCAUGUACCACAAUUGGUCGCACCUUAGCAGGGCCAUUAUGUGAUCGCGCGGGUCCGACGAACACGUUCCUUCUGACAAUGAGCUUGAAUGCGCUGAGUAUGCUGGCGAUUUGGCCGGUUGCAGGAGGAAAUCUAGGAGUCUUGAUCCUGUUUGCGAUCCUCAAUGGCGUAGCUAACGGAGCGUUCUUCGUUGUGCUGCCGACUGCGGUCGCGAAGGUGGCGGGACCUGGUCGAGAAGCUGUGGCUAUGAGUGUGAACACCACUGGUUGGAUGGUCGGCUAUUUGUUGGGUACACCUAUUGCGGGAAUUCUGUUGCAAGCCUCAGGCGGUGCCGACGGAGAAAACACCGAUGUGCAAAUGUACAGGCCUGCUAUAUUCUAUGCGGGCGGCGUUGCGUUGCUAAGUGCAGCCAGUGUGCUUGUCGCGAGGUUGAGUCUGGCUAAGGAUUUAAAGAUGAAGGUAUAA